AUGUCUCGGCUGGUUUUGCUGCUGGGGCUGCUUUUAUAUGUGGGGGCGCAGCUCUCAUACGCUCAGCACUGGUCUCAUGGUUGGUACCCUGGAGGCAAGAGGGAGACAGACUCCUUUGGAACAUCGGAGAUUUCAGAGGAGAUUAAAUUGUGUGAGGUAGGAGAAUGCAGCUACUUGAGACCCCAGAGGAGGAAUAUCCUGAGAAACAUCAUUUUGGAUGCUUUGGCCAGAGAACUUCAGAAGAGAAAGUGACUACUUUCCACCUUUCACUGCUUUUCUAUCCAUAGCAACCAUCCUCCUCAAUAUCUGUGUCUUGAAAUUGUUCUGUGAUCUUUUUGUUACAUCUUACAUCUUGUUGUCUGUAAAUUUGUUUUCCAGCAUUGAAUUUCUUAUCCUUGUGGCAAACAAAUAUGGAAAUGAUGGCCCCAAAUAAAAUGUCUAUUUUGAUAUUAACCUUGUUACUCAUUCAUUUUUAAGUGUACAGAAUUGUUUUGAAGGCAUAGGCGCUGUGUAGAUUGUAUGGAUGGAGUAUAAAAAGGUUUAACUUUUACAAGCUGCAGAAGCAAAUAAAUAAGGAAAUGAACAGCAAACAUUGUCAGAUGGAUAAUUAGAGUGGAAGAAUACAACAAAAAUACAUUUAAAAAAUCAGAUUGUCAGGAAUAUAAUACACUGGAAAAUCACUAAAUCCUCUGGUUUUCCCUGAAUUAAUUACGAUUAACUGUUCUGAUGUUUUGUGCGUCCGUAAUAAAUGUUCAUAUUUUUUGUUUUUAUUAUG